GUUGAUUGGCGAAGCGAGGAACAACCCGGAAGUAAGCCUACUCGUCUCAGCUCAGGUGUGACAUGUCAUGUCCCCCGCAGGGAGAUCCGGUGUAGGAGAUGCGAGCUGCGUUGCGUCUUGUUGCAGUGGCGGUCCCAAUGGGGGUGCUGCUGUCUCGGACCAUGGCUUGGAUGUCCAGUGGCAAAACGCACCAAGAGCUCAUGACCAGACUUAGAGAUCACGGUGUGAUCCACAGUGUCCGAGUGUUUGAUGCCAUGCUGGCCACAGACAGAGGAAUCUACUCCAGAGAUUACCCAUAUGCAGACUCUCCACAGUCCAUAGGCUUUAGGGCCACCAUCAGUGCACCACACAUGCACGCGCAUGCCUUAGAGCUGCUGAGCGACAAACUCACUGAAGGGGCGUCGGCCUUGGACGUGGGCUCAGGAAGCGGAUAUCUCACGGCCUGCUUUGCACGAAUGGUAAGUAGCGCGAGGAUUAGGGUUCACUCACUGGCUGCCCGGCUCUUGUGCGUGCAGACAGGUAAGAGCGGCAGAGUGGUGGGAGUUGAACACAUUGACGAGCUGGUUCAAAGUUCAAUAAAAAACGUCCAAGCUGAUGACCCGGAACUUAUCUCCUCUGGACGCAUCCGACUUGUUGUGGGAGACGGAAGGCUCGGGUACCCAGAGGGAGCGCCGUAUGACGCUAUUCACGUCGGUGCAGCUGCAGCCACCAUUCCUAAGGCGCUCUUGGAGCAGCUGAAGCCUGGCGGACGGUUGGUGCUCCCUGUGGGCCCCGAUGGCGGCAGUCAGGUGCUCGAACAAUACGACCGCCAGAGUGACGGUACCUUCCUCAAAAGAGCUCUGAUGGGAGUUGUUUACGUCCCCUUGACAGACAAGAGGCGACAAUGGCCCGGAGACGAGCUCUGACUGCAGUAAUAUUUCCACUGUGGGAGGGGGCGCUGCUGCUGCAUGCCUUCAGCCCCAUGUUUCCUUUUGCACAAGGAGGAUUUCUGUUUGCCUCUUCUGUCUUCCAAGAGUGCAAUAACAGUGAGCGUCUAAAUAAGUAAUAACUGUGUGCGUUUGUUUUUUCUGACGAAUGUUGGAGUUUGAAUAGUUUAAGCUAGUGUGCCAAGAGCCUGAACUGCAACAGCAAAGCGCAAAACAAGCCACGCAAUAACAACUACAGAAGCUUAAAAUUAAUUAUAUUUCAGGCCUACAAGUGUUUUUUACAUACAGUAUAUCUACAUUACUAUGUAAAAUAUGCUGCUGAGAUUGUGCCAUAACAUGAUUUGUUCAAAAAUAUAUGUUAUGUUUGAUCAGAUUUGUUAGAAACAACUGUCACACUGCAUAUGCGACAUAAGCUACACACAUAAAAUCAAAUUAAACUGCACACUAAUAAGGGCAUAUAUAGUGAUAUUUCAUAAAUAUUGUCAGUAUUGAUAUAGCUUACCCACCUUGUAACUGAGUGUUUUAAUCCACACUGAAAAAAUCAAAUGUAAAUGAUUAUAUUUUCAUUAAAUAUUACUUUUGCA